UUUUACUUUUGUUCUUUAAAGUUUGGAUAUUUUGCACCUAAUUCUUGACUAAAGUUUGUGAUUGUUCCAGAAGUGCUUGUAAAGUCUUAUUAACUGUAAAUGUUUCAAUCUAGCAGCAAGAUCUGAUGUAGAAUUGGUAUUUUUACAAGUCUGAUUGUACUAUUCUUUACCUAAUUGCUCCAUUUUCCUUUUCUUUCUUUUUUCAUUUGGUUUCCAUAAAUAUGCAAACUGUGUGUCCAAAUAGAAAAUUUUGGUGGUGGGGUUUGGAUGAAAAUUUUGGGGAAAAUGAAUUUUUUGUUUUAGGAAAUGUAAUUAGCUUCUAUGCGGUGAUUAACUGCCUAAGAGGGUAUCAGUUUUUAGGUUGAAUUAGUAGUUGAACAAAAUUCUGCCUGGCACAUCUGGAGCAAAAUAUAAUUAUUGUUUUUAAUGGAUGUUGACAAUUGCAUAAUGAUUGCCAAAUGAUUCAAUCUGUUUACUUUCCUUGCUUUUGACUUGGACUUUGAACCCUCCAUACUUUGAUGUUUUUUUUCUUCUUCUAAAAUAAGUAGGUAAGGAUGUUGUUACAUACUACUAUUUUCUCUUCAAUACAUUCUGGUCAAUUCAGCUUUUUGAAGUCCCUUUCGAAUGGUCAUUUGUUUGCUUCCUCAUAUUCCAUUUGUCAUCUUCUCUUGACAGUUCAGUUUGGCUUGCUACAUCUUAGCUUCGUCAUUUUGUGAGCGGAAGGUUUCUAGUAAAAGCUCAUCCUAAGCAUGUAAAUUUAUUAGAAAUGAUAAUUAGGAACAUCACAAACCUGAUCACUAAAGCUGAGUAAGAGCCAACUCAGUUUCCUUUUUUCAAUUGUGUUGAAUUUGUCUUUAUGUUUCAAGUUAGUAAUAGUUUAUCUGAAAAUUUUAUAUCUUCAAGUGUUAGCAGUUAUAGUAAACAAAGAAAAAGUGGUUUCUUAUGCAUAUCUCUUCAUGAUUGUAACUACCAGACAAUUAGAUUGUGCAUAUCCGUUUCUAAAUGAGCAAAUUUAUCAAUUGGAUUGGCUGAUGAAUAGAUAUCGUAUUUCUCCCUUGAAAUUGAAGUUUGACUUUUUUAUUUGAACUAAAAGUAGAUUAAAGAAAUAGCCAUUAUUGGAUGAACACUACAGAUGAUAGUACACAUUAGUGGUUCCCCACUCAUCCAUAUAGUGGACUUUUCUUUGAAGUUGAAAGAGACAUGUAUCCUAUUGCUAUUCUUUUUCUCCCUUUCAUCCUCUUUCUCCCUUCUGAAAGAUUCGUUCUUAAUAUUCUUUCUAGGUAAUUUCUUUGCCAUUGGCUAUUGACACUUACCUCUCCCUGUUGAGUACUUAAUCUAUUAUUGAACAAUUCAAGGUUAAGAAGUUAAAAAUAGGCGCUAUUUCACCAGGAAAGCUGCACAAGUAGAUCACUUCAUAUACUCAAAGGGUCAAGUGUGGUAUCAUAGACCAGCUAACUUGAUAAGUGAAAUAGGCUGUUAUCUAAAGAACCAUUGUUGUAUUUUACUGCAAAAAGGAAAUAGAGUUUCCCAUUUGCAUGAUACUCUUCUCAGCAAGUCAAAGGUGCAGCUGAACAAUAAGUGCUAUGUGCUACCUUGCAUGUGAUGUGGUUCAUGAUCUAGUAUGAAGUUGGAUAGAGAACGUUGUCUGGGAGACAAGGCUUAUAUGCGGCUGAUUUGAUCUCAUGGUCAUCAAAGUUGCUUUUUGGAUGGAUGAGAGUAAAAUGAUAUCGAACGAGCAGUUUAUAAUUUAGCUACAGCAUCUCUUUCGUCCUACCUUCUUAUAGAAUUCAUCAUUAAAUCUCUCAUAAACCAGAUUCAGGUAUAGGGCAGUCAAUAAAACGUGCUCCAUUGGUUUUUCUUGACGAUUAUGUUUCUUAGUUCUUCCCAUCUCCUUUUUUCCUAAGUCCUACUACAUUGUAAUCAAAGUUGUUUAAAUGAGGGAAAGAAAUUUAAGGGCAGCAGAGUGUCAGUGUAAGGCCAAAACUUUAUUUUAAUCUUGUUUCCUGACUAUCAGUGCUAAAGCACGUGAUAUAACUUAGUUCAAUAAAACGAUUAUGGACUGUUGUUGAAUGAGAACUAUAACUAACUCGUGAAUCUGAAGGAAGCAGUGCAUACUCCAAAGGUCAACCAGUAUGAGUUUUUUGAGGUGACAAAAAGAUAUUACAUGCCUAACCUUAUCCAGUGCAGUGUUUUCACAUUCAGCAUACAAUCAUAGUUCAUGCAGAGAGCAAGAUGCUAGUGGGCCUUGAAUGAACCUUAAUUUCAGUAGUGAAAGGAAAAUGACCUCAAAGCCAAAGAAAGGAUGGAAAUCAAUUGUGCCUCUCCAUUUGAAGACCAAAUCAGCUGCACAUUUUUGUUUGCUACCCAAAGCGAAGUCAGAUCGAUACGGUCCUGGUGACACACCUGUUUAUCUCAAUGUGUAUGACUUGACUCCUAUGAACGGCUAUGUAUAUUGGGCUGGCCUUGGUAUCUUUCAUUCUGGUGUAGAAGUUCAUGGUGUAGAAUAUGCAUUUGGAGCUCAUGACUAUCCAAGCAGUGGUGUCUUUGAAGUUGAACCACGGCAAUGCCCAGGGUUCAAGUUCAGGAAGUCAAUAUUCAUUGGGGCUACAAAGUUGGAUCCCUGUCAAGUUAGAGAGUUUAUUGAACGUCAAGCUGCUAGCUAUAAUGGUGAUAUGUAUCACUUGAUUGUGAAGAACUGCAACCAUUUUUGCAACGAUUUAAGCUACAAGCUGACUGGGAAAAGGAUUCCAAAAUGGGUGAACAGACUUGCAAAAUUAGGUUCAACGUUCAACUGCAUGCUACCCGAGGCUCUGAAAGUUGCUGCGGUGGAACAUGACCCUAAUGGCCCUGAAUAUGAUAGUGAGAAAAGAAGGUUGAGAAGUGCUUUCAGUUGUCUUUCUUCAAUUUCAACAAGGCAAAGGCAGUUAUCGACAUCUUCAUUAUUUCUGCAGUCACCCUUGAAAGGGUGCUUACCAUCUUGGGAGUUAAGAAAGUCUAACAACAGGUCUCUGAAAGAAAGGUAAGAUAAUGGACCCUUCCAAUUUCUUGGAAUAUGUUGAACAGAAAUAUUAUGAAGGUUAUUUCCAUGUAUUCUUGGGAAAAUGAAAAACCAAUCAGAGUGACAUGCUUAGGAAGGUGUAGUAUUUGUAACAUGACGUUUCAGUGUAUGCGAAAAGAAAUUCCUUAUUUGAUUGCUUCA